AUGUAUUAAAUAAUAAUAUUCUUGGUUGUAGGCUUUUCAAAGAAAUUAGUAGAAGAAUAAUUCACACUAAUUGAUUUAAAUUACGAAUACUUAUUCUAAUAAAAUCAUGGAUAUAUCAUAUAAGUAAAAAAAUUAAGCUAUUAAGUUAAUUAGUUUGAAAUUAUUCAGUUUCCACUAAACAAAAAUUAUUUCCCUACUAUUGAAAUAGUUGAUUAAAACAAAACAAUUUAAACUUCAAGUUACGAGUCUUAUGCUUAAAAAUAACAUAUUCGUAAAUUGUGGUUAAGUUAAAGGGAAACUAAUCAAAACCUAACUAUAUAUAUUUUUUCUAAGAUGGAGAAUGUUUAUAAGAAUAUUAAUGAAACUGAAACCAAAAUGAGUUUUAAGUUAUCUAUUUAUGAUAAUGUAAAUUAUAAAAGUUUAAUUAUUAUUAGAUUGAAUAAUAGAAAGAACCAAAAUGUAGAUUUCCAGCUUAUGGUCUGAAUUGUGAUCAAUCAGUAAAUUACAUUGAUGUUGAUUUAUUGGUUUAAAUUAACUUGAAUAAAUAGAGUUGGUUUUUUGCAUAUUAUCAAUUGUCAAAUUUGGAUUACAUUGUAAACUUAAUUUUGAAAUGAAUAGUUGAAAAUACAGAAUUCCAAUUCUUAGAUGGGGAUCUCGCUUCUAUCUGGUGUUUAUGAAGCAUUUAUUUAAUAACCUAACUUUUUUCAAGGCUAUUAAUUAAUAGAUAGAAAAGAGAAUGUGAAUAUUAAUCUAAAGAACUACUUUUCAAAUGUAAAAGAUUAAGAUGAAUUUAUAAUUUAUAUUGGAGUGUUUAAUGAGAAUAUAGACAGAGAACACAGUUUGAUGCUAGAAUUGAAGUAAAAAGCUUUUUGUAUAUUAGUGAAAUGGAAAUUGAUGAAUUUCCGUUGUGGGCAAUCUUAACAAUAUGUGCAGUUAUUUUAUCAGGUAUAAUAGUUUCAAUUCUAAUUUAUUAUUCAUAUAAAAAGCAAUACAAAAAGAUUACAUAUGUAAAACCUGUGUUGGAAGAGUCCCAUUUGAAUAAAUUUAUGCCAGCAUAGAAAAUGUUAUAGGAAUAUUUGUCUAAGGAAUGUUCUAUUUGUUUAUUGUAAUUUGAGAAGAAAGAGAAAUUUAGAAUAACUCCCUGUAAUCAUAUAUUUCAUGAUUAAUGCUUAUAAGAUUGGACUAAGAAGAAUAGUUAAUGUCCAUUAUGCAGAUAAGGAUUAAAAGAAGAAGAAAUUCAAUAAUUUUUUGCUAAAAUUCAUAGCAAUAAUAAUGAAUCUUAGACUGAAAUAAAUAAGAAACCUUCUGUUUAAUUCAUUCCUUUAACAAACUCAGAUUUAACAUAUUAGACUGGAAACAAAUCUGACAAUUCCCCAUCGAAUAAUUUAUGCAUGAGCAAUUCUGGCAGACAAAUGAGUAUCUAGAUUAUUCGUGAUGAGAUAUUGGAAUGA